AUGGCAUUCCCUGAUUCUCCUGUCGAACUCCCCAAUGAAUUGGUCUGUGAGGAUCAUGGCCGGCAAAUCUGUCAUCAAUGUCGUUGCGACUACACCUUUAUGGACGAGGAUUCUGAGCAGAGCUCAAGCAUCGAAGAGUCAUUAGUAUCCAGCGAAGACGACCUUGACGAAAUCCUUCAAUUAGCCGAGCCAGCCACCAAAGUCUUGAAUGGCGCAGCCGCCAGAUUUGUUGCCGAUAUUCAACUCACCUGGAUGACGGUGGGUCCCGGCUCCGCAGAAGCAGAGGAGGCCUGGAAUGAGGAGUGUCCCCACCACGACUCACUUGGAGGAGACCGUGCUGAACAACGCAAGGUCUUGGUUCACGUUGAUUGUGCUUGUCCUGGAAAUGGCGCCCAGAGUGCUGUUGGAGGCAUAGGCAUCCACUUCGAACCCUCUUCCUCAUUCAAUGUCUCAGCAGUCAUUGAGCCCUACACUGCCAGACCUCCUACCAGUCAACAAGCCGAGCUCAAGGCUGCAACCCGUGCCCUCGAGAUCAUCCGCGAGAAGUGCAUACCCGCUCGCCGUAAGCUGCUUCAGAGCAAAGCCUACACCUGUCCUUGCCACAUCAACUGCUGGGCCAAGGGUUUCCCCUUCCAAGUCGUUAUCAUCACUGACUCCGCCUACCUCUUCGACUGCAUGACUUCGCACCUGCUGAUCUGGCGCUGGGACCCAAAGACACACGCCUACUCCAACAAGAAGAGCGGCAAGGUCAUCAUAAACUCAAAGUACAUCCGCAAUGUCGUCGUCGAAGUUGAGAUGUUGGCAAAGAGUGGUGUGCAGGUUUUGUGGAAGAAGGUUCCCAGGGCACUGAACCAGGAAGCUGAUCAACUCGCGAAGGCUGGAGCAAAGAUGUUGAACGUUCCAGGCGUUUGGGUUCAUCACUUGACUGUUACCUCUUGA